CUCAGUUGUUUCGUCGUGAGUGCCGCUAUCACUUCGUGUUUGUUGCUCUGUUGCUGGCCUGGCUGCGGCUCCGUCAUCGUCGUCGGUGUAUUUUUAAUCACUUUUCUCGCUGUCUAUGGCUUUGAAAAUAUUGUACUAAUUUGGAGACGUGCAAUCGAAUAUAUGAGUUAUUGUUUAUAUAAUAAGUUUCGUUGUGUUGAUUUUAAAUGCAGAUGUGAAAAUAAACGAGUAAUCCAUAGCAUUUUUCAUAAAAAUAGCUAAGAGAGUAAGCACCCAACAACAAUUGCAUAUAUGCAUGGGAGUAUAUAUAUAUAUGUAUAUAUGUGUAAGCAACAAGGCUGAUUAAGAAAAGUAAAUCAACUAAAAGUUAAAGUUAAAAGUUAAACAAAUUGUACUUAGAAGAGCAACAAUUUAAAAACAAACCACCCUCUACAAAAUGGAAGCAAUUGCCAAACAUGAUUUCUCUGCUACUGCCGAUGAUGAACUUAGUUUCCGUAAAACUCAAAUUCUAAAGAUAUUAAAUAUGGAGGACGACUCAAAUUGGUACCGCGCCGAGUUGGAUGGGAAAGAAGGGCUUAUACCCAGUAAUUAUAUAGAAAUGAAAAAUCACGACUGGUACUACGGACGCAUAACACGUGCCGAUGCGGAGAAGCUGCUGUCAAAUAAACAUGAGGGCGCCUUUUUGAUACGCAUCAGCGAAUCUAGUCCCGGCGAUUUCUCCUUAUCCGUCAAAUGUCCUGAUGGGGUCCAGCAUUUUAAAGUACUACGGGACGCACAAAGCAAAUUUUUUCUCUGGGUUGUCAAGUUCAAUUCCCUCAACGAAUUGGUCGAAUAUCAUCGAACAGCGAGCGUAUCGCGAUCACAGGACGUAAAAUUACGUGAUAUGAUACCUGAAGAGAUGCUCGUUCAGGCGCUUUACGACUUUGUGCCACAGGAAUCUGGUGAAUUGGACUUUAGACGCGGAGAUGUCAUCACCGUUACAGAUCGUUCUGAUGAGAAUUGGUGGAAUGGCGAGAUCGGCAAUAGGAAAGGCAUUUUUCCAGCAACCUAUGUGACGCCAUAUCAUUCAUAAUGUUGUUCACCCCAACACACACAUACAUAAGCAUAAAACAUAAUUCACACACUAUACUAUGAAAUACCAAUUUUUAAUACAUAUUAUUAUAUGUACUGUUCAAUAAUACGACAUGAGCAUUGCAUAUAGAAACAUAUUGUAUAAACUGUAAGCAUAACAGCCGAAUGCAUUUUUUUACGUCAUUGACAAGCAGUUUGCAGCCAUAUUCUAAAUUAAUGCAAUAUUACAAGAAGAGAAAAAUUCAACUGACAACUAAAUCCUCUUGUAUGGUGAAUAUAUUAUACAUCGCACUAUAUUAUUAAUGUAACAAUUUUUGAUAUAUAUACAUAUAUAUAUAUAUAUAUAUAUUUUUAUUUAAGUCCAAUCACAUGUAGCUUUCCACGUACACCACUCUAAAUGUGCUAUUUAUUUUGUGUGCGUGUAUGUGUGUGAGAAAGAGAAAAUUUUAUGAUAAUUAACUAUAUUAUAUAAAAAAAAAAAAAAAUACCAAUAACAACUCUACAAAAACUACCGUUUAUUCGACAAAAAUAUUUAAAAAUAAAACUAUGACAACAAUUUUUGCCUAAAUGUCUCAAAG